AGGCAUGAAUUGCAGAAGCAAGUUUAUAAAGGUUCUACUAAUCUCUGGCAUGUGCUGUAAUAGAGGAAUCAAUGCAGAGGACAAGACACACAGACUCAGCUGAUUCUCUCCAUUCUGAAUUGUCCAAUUGAAUCGUGAUGGGCCUUUUGCAGUUGAUCCUGCUAUCUACUUUCCUCUCAGUUUCCGUGACAUCAGAAUCAUUUCAUGCAAUGGAAGACGAGGCUUUGGUUGUAAAGUGUCCCCAAGACUGUCAAAAUAGGACUGUCAAAUGGUAUCACACACAAACUAACCAGCUCAUUCCUGCAGAAGAGGGUGGACGGAUACAUUCCUCUGGGCGAUUUCUUUGGUUUCUGCCAACAUCAAAAGAGGACUCAGGAAACUACACUUGUGUUACACACUAUUCUAAUUAUACAAAACAGUCCACUGUGAGUGUGAUGGUGUAUCUACACAAACAAGGUAUUUGUUUCCCAAGUCAGAUACGUUAUCCAAACGACACCGGAACGUUAACUUCUGGAAGAAUUGUUUGCCCUACGAUUGACAAUUAUGAGAAGGCUACUAUUGUCAAGUGGUAUAAGGACUGCAAACCUCUCCAAGGACCACGUGAAAAAUAUUCAAUGGGAGGGAAGUAUCUUUUUAUUAAACGUCCACAAAAAACUGACGAAGGACAUUAUACUUGCCAUUUUACCUGUAUACACAGUGGAAAUGUAUAUAAUGUAUCGGCGACAAGAAUCUUUAUAGUUAAAGAAGAAGUUUCUUCACCUAUGUAUUCCCAAAUUCAAUAUCCAACAGACAAUGCUGUAAUACAAGUGGAGUUUGGUUCUCCUGUGAACAUUAGCUGUGGAGCCUUUCUGGGGAUUGGGAAGCAAAAUAUAGCCGUUGUUACAUGGGAGGUUAAUGGAAUCAAAGCUGAAUAUCUUAAUACUUCAAGGUUUCAUGAAGACCAUCAAUUUUUUAUGAGAGGAGAUCGGGGAUAUUAUGGAGAGUCCAUUUUAACUAUUGAGGAAGUAAAGGAAGAGGAUCUUCUGUCGAAUUUCACAUGUACAGCACUAAAUGAAAUAGAUCAUGUAAUGGUCACGGUGACAUUACAGCUGAAAGUGCCUUGUAAGGGAGAUAAUCACAGCACCUACACAACAAUAGGGAUUCUUGUUUUGUUAAGUAUAAUAGCCCUCUUGCUCAUACUUUACCAGUUUUUCCGAAUUGAUAUUGUCUUACUGUGUCAGAGGAUAUUUAAACCCUACAAAACCCAGGAUGAUGGGAAGAUAUACGAUGCAUAUGUUAUCUAUCCCAAAAAUCGCACUAAUGAAGCUAAUUUUGUGGAAUAUUUUGUUCACCAGAUUUUGCCAGAUGUUCUAGAAAAUAAACACGGAUAUAAACUGUGUAUUUAUGGGCGAGACAUGUUGCCUGGGGAAGAUGCAGCCAAUGCAUUAGAAAUGAGAAUACAGAAGAGCAGGAGACUGAUAAUCAUUCUAACACCACAGCUAAUUCAGUGUGAGGAAUUUGGUUAUGAACAUCAGAUUGCCUUAUACAGUGCCCUCAUUCAGAACAACAUAAAGGUGAUCCUCCUUGAAAUGGAGACAAUUGGGAACUAUGCGGGCUUGCAAGAAUCCCUCAGGUAUAUCAUCAAGCAGCAAGGUACCAUAAAAUGGAAAGAGAAGCACAAAGAAUGUCCACAUGCAUCCAACUCUAAAUUCUGGAAACUUGUGAGGUACCAUAUGCCACUGAGACACAAGCCUUCACAACUCAACCAUGCAGUGUAAAUAGGUAUCUUUUUCUCUUAGGUUCAUGAGAGUUUGUAAGAAUAAUUCCAGAUUCUGGUCCAGCAAGAUCUUGUAAAAUUCAGAGAAGAAUCUGUGGGUUUGCUUAACUGAAAAUCAAGCAAUGACUUCUAUCAGCUCUUGCAAGAAGAUAGGGGCCUCUUAUGUGUGUCCUUGCAUGUGAACAUGGGAAAGAGCAAGCUAUGCAGAAAAUAAGAGAGAAAUUCUUACAAGCGAUUGAAAAAGCAUGUUUGUUAUAAGGUUCUUCACAGAAGAGCCUGAAAGUCCUUUUUUUUUUUUCCUGCAUUGAUAAGAAGGGUUUUCUUGUGUGAAUGGGUUUUCUUGAAUGGUCAGAAUGUUGGAAAGACAGCACACUUGUUUCUAUCUCUAAAUAAUAGUUUACUUGCUUUUUUAAGUAGAGCUAGUCGAAAAUUCACCAUGGGUUUUCAGGUUUUGUUUUGUUUUGACAAAAAGUCUAAAUUUUCAGCUAUUUUGGUGAAAAUUUUUGGUGGAAUAUUUUCCCCCUGACCAAUUAUAUUUGACAAUAUGUUUGACAUUAAUUUGCCUUAGUUGAAAAUGUACAAAUUCAGCCUGGUUGUAGUUCAGAUUUCCUCUGAGUUUGUGCCUGUUUGAUUGGAUCCCUGGCAAAUUUACCCUCCCCUUUACUUUAAUAUCUAUUUCCAAAUAGAGAAUCCUGCCUCACAUACAUGACAGAUAUCUAUCCCAAAGUAUGUGUUUCAUUAGAGUAUUCAGAAAGAUGUGUUGGAGUAAAAUAGAAACAUUCAUCUCUGAGAACUGAUCAGUUUUUCAGUUUGUAAUGAAGAGGAGUCAGAGCACCAUCUAGUGGGUGAGUGGAAUUAUUAAAUAGAGGUCAGUGUUAGAUUGCAGUCAGUUUAAAAAACAUUUAAUAGAAGUAAAUACAGCGGGCCAGUUUCUCAGCUUGUGUAAACUGGAAUGGCGUAUUGAAGUCAAUGGAGCUACACUGAUUUACAUGUACUGAGGAUCGGAGAGAGCAGACAGGGCUUUUGAGGUACUAGGUCCACUAGCUCAGUAAAGAAUAAAAUACCCCUCGCAAAAGAAAAGUUGUUUGCCUCCAAGGCAUGGAAGUUAUACGGAUGUGAUACAAUUAGUUGUGCCUUCUCAUCUUUGGAUAUGGUACAUCUCACAAUGGUGUGCUCCAGCUGAAGCAACAACAUAAGGUAGAGAUGGAGAAAUGAGGAGUGACAUACUGGCCCUGUUGAAGUCAAUGGUAAAAUUCACAUUGAUUUCAAUGGAGCCAGAGUUUCACCUGAGAUACCUGCUAACAUGAACCAAGUUGGUUUCAUAACCUGCGUACUACAACUUACACUGUGUAUCCCUUACAUGUAUUUAAUGUGUAUAAACCCUUUGUACAAACAUGUUAAACACCCAAGGCCUGAUUUACCACUGCAAAACUCCAGCUUUAUACAGUUGUAACUCCACUGAGCCAGAUUCACUGGUAUGAUUGCAAUGCUUUGCAUUGCUGCGUGGCACAAAGCAGCCAGAGCAUCUCAAUGGAUCUGGCCACUGAUUUCACUUGAAUUAUGUCAGUAAAACUGCAGUAAUACAAUGGUAAAUCAGGCACAUUUUCUGAUGUGUA